CCGGGAAUUUCUCGACCACUAAUUUGUCUACUUUUAUAUUGGUUUUUUUUUUCUUUUGGAAGCAUGACGUUGUCCCUUGUGAUUAGCAAACAGUUAAAAAUUAAAAUUUCUUUGAGCGAGUCGGUAAAGGACCGGACAAGAUGUCCGGCAAACCAAGGAUUUGUCCGGUCAGUACCCAAUCUUGACCGGACAUUGUCCGUUGACCGGCCGUUAUUUGCAGCCCUGCUCUACUUGCAAAACAACUUCAUCUUCAAGGAUUUCGAAAGGUAAAAUGACAAGGUUUCGAAACACUCACAAUCUGUUAUAAAAAUCAGGCGAAACUCAAAUUAAGUUUGUCCUGUCUAUUUUAGCCGUGCUUGAGAAUGUUGACGAUAAAGCAACCGAAGGAGACCUUUACAACUCGCCAGUUUAUGAGGAGUUAUGCCACACAUUCAAUCCUGCUAUCGCUCACCACGCGUUUGUUCCACUCUGCGGCAUCAUGGGAAGUAAAUAUAUGGAGACCUCGCUGAUCAAUCAUGACCUUAUAUGGAACUUGUGCUGCAGUUUCGAUGCUCAGCUGUCUCAUCCUACUUGCGAAGAGAACAGGGCGUCUGAGAAUGAAGAAGAUGAAGAAGAAAAUGAAAACCACGGGGGGAAUAUUGGAAUAUCUGAGUUUGAUUCUGAGACUGUGGAUGGGUCCCGUGGGGUGGAUAACCCACCAGAGGAGCAGUUUCCAGACAAGAAGGGGAGCAAAAAAAGUGAGAAAGUCAAGAAAAUGCCCAAGCCACCCAUUUGGUUUAUUGGAAAAAGACUUUCUAAGACAAAGGAUGUACCCACCAGCCUACCGUCCUCUUCGUCCUCGGACCAAUAUCUACGCGGUAGCUGGCUAACGCACUGGGAAAACCAACUCAGUUUGAAAGGAAAGGGAGGAAACAAAUUCAAUCUCCAACAAGUCAAACUGCAAACCUUUACCGGUCACAAUGGACCCGUUCGUUCAAUCUACGUUCAGGACAGUGAGCAUUGUUUUUUGUCGGCUAGUAAAGAUAAGACUGUUAAACUCUGGUCGCUUAGCAACCAUGGUGAUGGCACAGCCCAAUCAGCAAGCUCGUGGACGUAUGCUCGACACACACGACCCGUAUUCCACGUGAAUAUGGUGGAGUCCGUGCGACAAGGCAUUUCAUGUGAUGGCAGCCUUCACUUGUGGGACGCGGUCUCCGAUCGUUGUCUUUGGGUCGACGACUGCCCCAGGAACAAUCCUAUAGUUGCCAUAACAACACUUCCGGCCCCCAGCAAGUGUGUGGUGGCCGCCAUGGCUGAAGGAACUGCAAGGUUUCUUGACGUCCGUCAGCAUAAAUUCGUCACAGAGUGGAAAAUAACAACCAGUAGUGUACCAGGUACUGUUCGUGAUGUUUGCUGCAGCCCUGAUGGGCGGUGGAUCGCUUUUGGUUUCUCAACAGGGCUGGCAUCUGUGUUGGAUAUCAGAGGUGGGCUGCUUCGUAGUCAAAGGCGCGCUCACACUGGCGACAUCUUUCAGGUCAAAGCCUCCUCGAGCUCGUCUUUUAUAACAUCAUCUGUGGACUCUGGUUUAUCUCUGUGGAAAGAUGACGGUCUUCGCCUGAAAACACUCAAAGGUCCUAGCGAUCCUCUCCCUUCUCUUCUGGUGUGGGGGGAUCAAUUGAUUUCAGCUACUGUUGGCGGUAGAAUUGGUGUACACAGCUUACCGGAGGAUCAUUCUGAGGACCUUUACAUUAGCCACAAGCUGAGCAGCGAUGUGUUCCGCGGCAAUAUCACAUGCCUUGGUUACCUACCACUGAACAGGCUGCUUUUGAUUGGUAGCGACACAGGGAACAUUGUGCUCUGUUCCUAAGCAACGGUCCUUUUAGGAAAGAAACCCAAAGCCAAAUUAUAUCUAUCUGAUCCUUUCAAGAAUAGAAUGAAAAAUUGGUGAAGCUGCGGUGGUGAAUAUAAGAAUAAAGUACAUUUCAUUUCGGAUUUUCUGUAGACUGUCAACGUAAAGAAUUUUUCUUGUUGCGACAUUAUAUAAGUCCAUCAACAGUAAUCAGUCACCAGAGAGCAUUUGAGGGUAUGGACAGGAUUGCAUCUAUAAAUCAUUCCACUGAGUGGUGAGACUUACUAGGAGCCCUCAGAGUUAAUCAGCUGAUUUUGUUACAUCUGUCAAAUUGUUGCAUUGCGUACAACGUGAUUCUUUUGAAAUGAAACAUAGUAAUAAAUAGUUACUUAUAGCCACAACUUAAACAGGAACGUUUGAAAAGCUACAAAUUGGCACAAGAUAUGCUUACUUUCAUGCAAUCUGUUCUUUUACUAAAACGUAUUUGCUGAACAUUUUUUAUGCCGUUGUUGUCCACAUUUCAUGUAACAUUCUUUUAGCGACUAAUUCUUACCUUACACAGUUGAAGUCCUCCUUUUCUUGUGGUACAAUGAAUUACGUUUUGCGCAAAUAUAUAUUACGUGUAAGCAAUGUCAUUCGUGAAAUGUUAAUUACAGUUUAUGAGAAAAUUGAACCAAAUAGUCAAAGAGAAAAAAAUUAUUAAGAUUUAUCAAAGUGGAGUUACGCAAGAUUGUAUAAAAAAAGCUUACAAUUGACAACAACAUUAAAGAAACUAUAUCUUUAUUAAUAAAGGGAUAUUUUCGUUGUAA